AUGUCCUCCAACAAUGAAUUUCCAUGGGACAUCGGCGUUUACGACGCCCACUGCCACCCCACCGACACCAUGGCCUCUAUCGCCAGUAUACCCCACAUGAAGGCCAGGGCACUGACCGUCAUGGGUACCCGGGGUGAAGAUCAAGAGCUUGUACAGCAAACCGCACAGUCUCUCAAUGCACAGAAUCCACUACAAGAAGACCGGAUAAUACCUUGCUUUGGCUGGCAUCCGUGGUUCUCACAUCAAAUACUCAUCGACAAUACCCAGGGGACCGAUUCAGCAUCACAAGAUGCACAGCCACAACCGCAGCCACAGACACAGACAGAGACAGAUAUAGAUGCAAAGAAGAAACAUUACACAGCUGUCCUCGCACCGUCGGUAGUUGAGGAUGAAGAAUUUCUCAACUUCUUAUCAACACCCAUCCCCAUUUCACAACUUAUUGCCGACACCAAGAAGCGGCUGGAAUCUCAUCCCUAUGCCCUUGUUGGAGAGAUUGGCCUUGAUAAAUCAUUCCGAUUACCUGGUGCAUGGACCGUGAAAGAACUAGGUAGCCGCGACGAACAACUUACGCCCGGAUCAAGGGAGGGCCGACCUCUUUCCCCGUAUAAAGUGAAACUAGAGCAUCAGAAGGCAUUGCUCAAAUGCCAGCUUCAGCUCGCGGGCGAGAUGCAGCGAGCAGUCUCGGUACACAGUGUACAAGCCCAUGGUGCUGUCUUCGAUGUCUUGAAGGAAUUAUGGGCAGGCCAUGAAAAAGUUACCUUGUCACGGCGACAAAGGGAAAGGCGUCAGGACGCAGAAGGGGCGCUCUCAGAAGACUCGGAGCAUGAACAAGAAGCUUCUUUGAAGGAUUUGAAGCCGCUGCAGUUUCCUCCACGCAUCUGUAUGCAUUCGUAUUCUGGACCUGUGGAGCCUAUUCGGCAGUAUAUGAACAAGAAGAACCCCUCUGAUGUCUAUUUCUCUUUUUCUGCUGUGAUUAAUUUUACUGGGGCGGGGCUACGGAAGGUGUGUGAUGUGAUUAAGAUGUUACCUGAAGAUCGCAUUUUGAUCGAGAGUGAUCUCCAUACAGCUGGUACGCAGAUGGAUGAAUUACUUGAGGAAGCUGCACGUCAAGUGUGUGAGAUCCGAGGCUGGGAGCUGCGAAAAGGUGUUCAGCAGCUCGCUGAUAAUUGGAAACGGUUUAUCUUUGGUUAA